UAAGCCCCCACCUAGGCUACCGCACCCUUAUUUCCCUCAGAAAUCGUUCCACAGCGUUUCCCAGAAGCAUCGAACCAUGAAACUGAACGGUUCCAGCCAUAUAAGCUGCCACUGGGGGCUUUGGGAAACGCACCCCUGUACCACCUCAGCCUAAUGGUGAUAAAUAACCUCACGUCACAGACAUUAGCCUUCAGUAACAUUAGAAUGUCAGAAUGGUUCUUUGGAUAAAUAUACACCGCAGACAUAACAUUAAGACCCCUGCCUAAUAUUGUGUAGGUCCCACUCCUGCCACCCAAACAUCCCUGACCCAUCCAGGCAUGGUCUCCACGAGACACUAAGGGUUAAUGUAUCUGGCAGGAAGAGGUUAGCAGCAGAUCCUGUAACUCCUGUAAGUGGUGAGAUUGGACUUCUUUGUCCAGAACAUCCCACAGAUGGACGAUUGGACUGAGAUCUGGAGAGUUCGAAGGCCUAAUUAUUAGGGUUUUACCUUUGUGAAGCACUUUGAAUUGCCUUGCGUCUGAAUUGUACUAUAUAACUAAACUUGCCUUGUCAAGUCAACACCCUAAACCGGAAUACCGUUGCCAUGAAGGGGUGUACUUGGUCUGCCACAAUGUUUAGGUAGGCGGUACGUGUCAAAGUGACAUCCACAUGAAGGUCAGGACCCAAGGUUUCCCAGCAGACCAUUGCCCAGAGCAUCACACUACUUCCACUGGCUUGCCAUAGUGUGUCCUGGUGCCAUCUCUUCCAUCUUCUUCCAUCUCUUCCCAGCUUGUUCCCUGGGACUCGGUACGCCAGGGUGACCUCCACCUGAGGCGGGGCCCAGGGGACCAGCUCGGGCCUCGCAGUGUCCGAGUGUGGCGUCCGCCCGAUGGGGAUAUGGAACAACCCUAUGACAGCAAUCAUGAUGUUCUUUUGAUCUUUUGCUGUCUAGCUGUGUAUCUGCAGGUGUCUGUGUGAAGAGCCGGACUGGUCAGUGAAGCUCAGCUCUGAUUUUAUCCAAACCUAUGUACAAAUGGGCAUCAGAGAGCAGAAUCUGCCCGGCCCAUUGGAGCAACUAGGGAUAACGAUCUUCCUCAUGGGCUUGGUGAUGAUAUAAUUAUUUUGCAAUCCAUGGUAUUUUGCACCGACACACCAAAAUUAAAUGUAGUAUUGUGUGAUGACCUUUUCUGUUUUUUUUUGGGCAGUGGAUUAAUCCGGUGUCUAGUUACCCUCUCAAACUCACUGCAACCGCCCCCGUCCACCAGUACAACUUAUUGUUGUUUUUUUUUAGUUAUUUGCUAUGUAGUUAUUCCUUAGGUGAAUUUCAUAGACGUUGGUGAUUUAACUUCUGUCUUGCUACCUGACGAUGCCGAGGUCCCUUUAAAAGCGCGCGCUCCCGACGGGCGUUCCCGUCUCUACACCGCAGCAUAUUUUGUCUCCGCGUGCGCUGUGGGAGGCGCGCUCUUCACCUGGAAUAGCCCAUCGCCUAAAUAGCCGCUUCUGGAAGCGUGGCGCCGCCGGAGGGAUCCCUGUGGUGGUGGAGCAGCUAACCUGCACUUGCAGCUUGACGGACGCGCCGGCACCUGGCAUGGCGGGCGGACGCAGAGGGGGCAACCGCACCUCGUACUGCCGCUCGCCUCUGGGAGGCGAGUCCGGCUCCGUGGGCAACGGCGGCCACUCCAGCAGCUCGCCAAUGACGGGUGUGCGGUCGCGGACCAGGAGCAGCUCUGGCACUGGCAUGAGCAGUCCCCCAUUGGCGGCCCAGACCGUGGUGCCUCUCAAGCACUAUAAGAUUCCAGAUCUAUCAAUGGAGCGCCACCUGCUGUUUGAACUGCACCUGCUCCUGUGCCACCUGAUCGCCCUCUUCGUCCACUACAUCAAUAUCUACCGGACGGUGUGGUGGUAUCCGCCCUCACACCCACCCUCACACACCUCUCUGAACUUCCAUCUCAUCGAUUACAACAUGCUGGUCUUCACUGUCAUCGUGCUGGCGCGUCGCCUCAUUGCUGCUGUGGUGAAAGAGGCCUCUCAGAGCGGCAAGUUAUCCUUCCCCCACUCCGUGGUGCUGGUGAUGGGCCGCUUCGCCGUUCUCACGCUCACGGGCUGGAGUCUCUGCCGCUGCUUCAUCCAUCUUUUCAGGACGUAUUCCGCCCUAAGCUUGCUCUUCCUCUGCUACCCCUUUGGCAUGUACAUCCCCUUCUUCCGGCUGAGCUGCGACAUGCGCCGAGGCGGCGGCUCGCUGUCAUCGGGCACCAGCGUUGGGGGGCGAGACUACCUGAGCAUCCUGAAAGACACCUGGAAGCAGCACACGAGCCAGCUGUACGGGGUGCAGGCCACGCCCACGCACGCCUGCUGCCUGUCCCCAGACCUGGUCCGGAAGGAGGUCGAGUACCUUAAGAUGGACUUCAACUGGAGGAUGAAGGACGUGCUGCUCAGCUCCAUGCUGAGCGCCUACUAUGUGGCCUUUGUGCCCGUCUGGUUUCUUAAGAGCACGCAGUAUGUGGACAAGCGCUGGUCCUGUGAGCUGUUCCUUCUGGUGGCCAUCAGCACAUCCGUCAUCCUCAUGCGACACCUGCUGCCCCCCCGCUACUGCGACCUACUGCACAAGGCGGCUGCCCACCUGGGCUGCUGGCAGAGAGUGGACCCCGCACUCUGCUCCAACGUCCUGCAGCACGUGUGGACAGAGGAAUACAUGUGGCCACAGGGUGUGCUGGUGAAACACAACAAGAACGUGUACAAGGCCAUGGGCCACUACAAUGUGGCUGUGCCUUCAGACGUCUCACACUACCGCUUCUAUUUUUUCUUCAACAAGCCUCUGAGGAUUUUGAACAUCCUCAUCAUCCUGGAGGGGGCCAUGAUCUUCUACCAGCUGUACUCCCUGAUCUGCUCAGAGAAAUGGCACCAGACCAUAUCACUGGCACUGAUUCUCUUUAGUAACUACUAUGCGUUCUUCAAGCUGCUGAGGGACAGAAUCGUCCUUGGCAAAGCUUACUCCUACUCACACAGCUCUGCGGAUCCCAAGGCCACUUAAGCUGCUCCACUCUGCCUUGGCCAGCCAGUUGGCAUAGGAGCUUUGUCGUCAUUUUUUUUUACACUUGCAUUUUUGUGUUUUUGUUUUGGAUCUUAUAAAGAAUCAUAUUUUUGUAUUCUU